CCCAGAAUGCAUCGCCAAAAGCUUCGAAAUGGCGGCCAAACACAGAACACGAAGUUCAGGAAAGAAAUCACAAGAAAGCGAUCAUUGUUAUCACAAACCUGGCAAAUCUAUUAACGAUCAUUUGUGCAUUGAGGAGAGUUCUACCAAGUAUACACAGGAGAGUGAAGAACUUGAUAAAAGACAACGGCCACCUAAAAAAAGGAGUUUCGAGUGUGACCUCUGUGGUAAAUGCUUCAGUCAGUCUGGACAUCGCAACGUACACAGAAGGACACAUUUGGGUGAGAGGCCGUACAAAUGUGAGCAAUGUGGUAAAUACUUUUCACGGGCUGGACACCUCAAGAGACAUGCUCUCACACAUACAGGAGAAAAGCCACAUCAGUGUCCUCAGUGUGGUAAAUGUUUCGCACUGGCUGGAAACCUCAAGACACAUGCUCUCACACAUACAGGAGAAAAGCCACAACAGUGUCCUCAGUGUGGUAAAUUCUUUGCACAGGCUGGACACCUCAAGAGACAUGCUUUCACACAUACAGGAGAAAAGCCACAACAGUGUCCUCAGUGUGGCAAAUGCUUUGCACAGGCAGGAGAUCUCAAAAGACAUGCUCUCACUCAUACAGGAGAAAAGCCACAUCAGUGUCCUCAGUGUGGCAAAUUCUUUGCACAGGCUAGCAGUCUCAAGACACAUGCUCUCACACAUACAGGAGAAAAGCCACAACAGUGUCCUCAGUGUGGCAAAUGCUUUGCACAUGCUGGACACCUCAAGACACAUGCACUUACACAUACAGGAGAAAAGACACAUCAGUGUCCUCAGUGUGGUAAAUUCUUUGCACAGGCAGGAGAUCUCAAAAGACAUGCUCUCACACAUACAGGAGAAAAGACACAUCAGUGUCCUCAGUGUGGCAAAUUCUUUGCACAGGCAGGAGAUCUCAAAAGACAUGCUCUCACACAUACAGGAGAAAAGCCACAUCAGUGUCCUCAGUGUGGUAAAUGCUUUGCACUGGCUAGCAGUCUCAAGACACAUGCUCUCACGCAUACAGGAGAAAAGCCACAUCGGUGUCCUCAGUGUGGUAAAUGCUUUGCACUGGCUAGCAGUCUCAAAAGACAUGCAUCUACACAUGCAUGAAAAAAAACACAUUUUUUGUUUACUUAGAUUAGUACUGUAAAUGCUUUACACUAGCUAUUCACUCCAAAGCCCAUGCUCUCUACCAUACUGUAAGACAUCCAUGUCAUUCAAGUCUGCAUGCAAAAAGUGUCAUUCAAAAAUCUAUCUGUUAAAUCAAUGUCUUUCAUUUGUCAUACAACAGUUGGCAGUACAAAUCCUUAAACUGUUUUGCGAUCGAGGCACACUGCUAGUGUGCUUCAACAAUAGAAAAAAAAACAAAGAAAAGAAAUAAUGACAACAUCUCACCGUUUUAUUUAGUUUUGGUGCCCACUUGAAAAAUACAAGCUUGGGGAGAAAAGAAAGGCUGGGCCGGUCUAACCUGGCAAGCUUGUAACAUGUGACAGAGUAUCAGUCAUUCCCAAGCAUGAAGGCCAGGUCACCUGAGGGCAGAAUUGUUUUCUUUACAUCAGAGCAAGGAUAGUUGUGGUUGUUUUUGUGUCAGUUGAGCUUAGAAAAUUGGAUAGCUCUCCACAGAACUCCAUCCACUUGGAUCUUAUUUGACUCACACAGUCAAGACAACCACGAAGUUCUCAUUGCAGAUGGAAAAUCAUUGCUUCUUGAGUUUGAGGACCUCAACGGUAUUAGCUAAAUACCCUAAUUAAGCGCUUUGUAAGCUGCAAUGGCCGCUUGCUCAUUGGUAGUUGAGUUAUGACUUGGUUGGGUUUCAUAUGGUACUCACUAGCUGAAGCGAGCUGAACUGAGCUAGAGACAUGUAGGGGUAAAGGGUGGGGUAGGGGUAAAGGGUGGGGUACUGAACUUUAUAUCUAUGCCUAAUCAAGGAGAAUGCUGAACAUGUUGAACGGUUGUACAUGUUUAAACUGUUCUAUUAAAGGUUUAAUUUUUCUAA